CUGAGCCUGUGAGCUGGGGUGGAGAGGGGGCUGGGCUGCGAGACCCAAGUAUCUGCUGCCUACCCACCGCAUUUUACAAAGCACCACGCAGGUACACACCAGACAUGCAGCACAGACAAGAGCAAACUUCCAGAUGCUUGAGAGAUGGUCUGGGUUUCACCUUGAGCAAAGUUGGAGGAAGUCUUAGGAGUACACACAUUCUUGAGGAGCAGACUUGUUUCUUCCUACACUUCUUUCAUCCGGAAUGAGCACAUGGAUGAGGAAAUCGGAACUGAGAGUCCUCUGAGACGCGUGGGGGGGAGGAAGAUGGCAAGAGACGAGGAAAGCACCUAUGGCUCAGAGGAGGAUUCACGGGCCCCACGGGUGCCCCUACUGAGGCUCAUCCUGGUAGGCAGGACCGGGACCGGCAAGAGUGCCACAGGUAACAGCAUCCUGGGCCAGGGGUACUUCCUUUCCAAGCUGGGGGCUGUGCCUGUCACCAAAGCCUGCUCCUGGGCCAGCAGGAAGUGGGCCAAAUGGCACGUGGAGGUGGUGGACACCCCAGAUAUCUUCAGCUCUGAGGUCUCUCAGACCGACCCCGCGUGCAUGGAGACAGCCCGCUGCUUCCUACUGUCAUCGCCUGGGCCGCAUGUGCUGCUGCUGGUCACCCAGCUGGGUCGCUUCACCGCUCAGGACAGCCAGGCGCUGGCCGGGGUGAAGAGGGUGUUUGGGGAGAAGGUGAUGGCGCGGACCAUUGUGGUGUUCACACGCAAGGAGGACCUGGCUGGAGAGCCUCUGCAGGAUUACGUGCGCUUCACGAACAACCGUGCGCUGCGGGAGCUGGUGGCCGAAUGCGGGGGCCGCGUGUUUGCCCUGAACAACCGCGCCACCGGCCAGGAGCUCGAGGAACAAGCUGAACAGCUGCUGGGCCUGGUCGCGGGGCUGGUGAGGGAGCACGGGGGCGCGUACUACACCAACGAAGUGUACGAUCUGGUGAGGACCCUGCGGGGCGCUGACCCCCAGGACCAACUCACCAAGGUGGCAGAGAUGGUGGCAGCACGGAUGCGGAGGCCCCUGCCCACCAGGCUGCUAACUGGGCUGUGGAAAUGGAUGAUACCCCACUGGCCAAGCAGGAGACGGGGCAUGAUUAUCUUCCUGGGUGUGGCCAUCCUGAUCUGCGUACUGUACCACAGAAUGAUGCACCAGGCCAUCGGGGACCAGGAUAGCAGAUAACGCUGGUCUUAGAAGAUGUUAUAUCUAGGAAGGAAAUCUUAUAAAAAUUGAUUUUUACUUCGAACUCUGCUCGGAGUUCACAGUACGGGGAACACGACAACAGCUUUGCAAAGGGUCGGAGGUGAUGAGCCUCAACUUUAACUGUGUGCAUUCAGAGUUUUAAAAAUAAAUUUGUCUAACUAAA